AUGAAUUCAGCUUUUCGAAGACUUGGGUUCAUGGCAUCUCGCAAUAUAAGCUCUAAUCAAUUUAGAGUUUGCUCCAGCAUGAAACAAAUAAUUUACAGGUCUAUUCAUCAGCAGUAAGAAAAAAAUCAGCAAUCUUCAUAAAGCGGAUUUGAUUAAGGUUCAUUGCAAUCCUUUAUACAACUUAUCUUGGUCUCAGUAUUUAACACUGUCUAGUGAAGAAGAUCUAGAACUCGAGAAAAAACGGUAUAUUCCUUAUGAUUUUAAAAUAAAAAAAUUCUUGCCAAGCCACAGUCAUAAUUAAAAUUAAAUAAAAAAUUUCUGAUUAAUAGGAUUAUUUAUUAUUUCUUAAAAACGGUAUAAAUCUAUAUAGAAAUAGAAGACGAAGGAAUGUAA